AUGGUUAAAGUUAUUCAAGAACAUUUUGAAAAAAACUGGACAAAACUGUGUGAUCCUCACAUUGUACAGAAAGACUGUGACUUUGCCAACGCCCAUUUUUACUCUAAAACCAGAAAUGCAGCUAAACAUAUUGGAAAUCCCCCGAGUACAAAGAUUACACAUUCAUCUGUAUCAAGAAAAGCACUAGGAGCAAGUAAAUCCUUAUUUGUUCAAGGAGACAAACUGCCUGCUGGCAACACAGUGUCAUCUUCUUCAGAUCUGAGCAAAGAAGGAAGCUCCUCCUAUCAGAUUGCAAAAACGACUUUACACAUCGACACCAGGCCAGCAUUUGACAUUUUGUCUUCUGACAUCAUUAUCACAUUUGGUAAACCUUUUGACAAACUUAGUGGUUUUCAUAACUUCAGUGUAUCAGACAACAGCCAAACUAAGGAAAGUGUGAAGAAUAAAUAUAAACUGUUUCAGGUGUCAGAACCAAAAUGCCACCACCAGAAGCUAUUGUGUGCAUUGCUCCCAGAGCCUAAUAAUGCAGAAACAAUAAAAGAGGCAAUAGAGAACUUAGACAUAAUCUUGCAGAGCCUGAAUCACAAAAACUUCACACAGAAUAUUAGAAAGGUGGUUUUAACCAGCAGCAUACUUUAUAAAG